UUGUUGGGGGUACUGGACUCGGUGAACAUUUCAGUUUUUGUAGAAUUAACUCCCUUGGCUCGUUAACUGCAAACUCAAUGCAGCGCGUUAAAUCUUCGUCGGUGUGAGGAGAUACCGCCACUUCCGCUUAUAAACAUUUACUUUGUUUGCAUGUGAAUUUUAUCACAUCGAUACAAUUGACAAUCAGCGAUGCUGUCGAGGUCUGUACGAGCUGAAACUCGAAGUCGAGCUAAAGAGGAUAUCAAGAGAGUUAUUAAUGCUAUAGAUAAAGUUAGAAAAUGGGAGAAGAAAUGGGUGACAAUUGGCGACACCACCAUGAGGAUAUACAAAUGGGUACCAGUUGCUAACCAAGGAUCCCCUCAAUCGUCUCGGUCAGCCCAGAAGGGUUUGUUUAAACAGAAGGGAGGCAAGUCUGUCGGAGACAAGGAGAACAUGAAAGAAUUGUCUAACGAUUCCUCCUCUCAGUUUAGUAACCAUGGUAACCACCUGCCUAAGGGCGGGACUCCAUCGUCCAAGAGUCGUAGCUCUAGUAAGUCGGCCCCCGCGGUCAGUGGGCGGGGUCACCAGUUGGGUCCCGCGUCAUCCUCGUCCUCGUCAUCUGCUGAUAAGCCAGUUCUCGCUAAAAGUCAAUCUAGUCUAGCUUCCGCCAUGUUUGGUGAGGACAGCACCCAGCAGUCCUUCAAUGACAGUGAGAACAUGAAUGAGGACUCCAACAUGUCCUUCCCGGAUCAUUCUGUCCCGGACUUUUCCCAGGACAGCAAUGAUGUGGAUCCAGAUCUCAGAGUGGGGUUGUCCAUGAGCCUGAGCCGAGACGAGGACAAGUCACUGAAAGGAGAUGAAACUAACGAUUCAGAACCCCCAGUGUUGGAGCCUGAACUCGACCAGCCUCCCAGCAAGCGCUCCCGCUCAGACACGCCCACUGCCAGCUGAUGACGUCACUGCUAGUCAUGUCAUUGUGUAAUGCAUUGUCAUUGUCAUGUCACGGUUUGGGGAUCAAUGUCAGUACACUGGUAACAGUGUUCAGGGUGCCGUUGUACAAAACAACCUUAGCGCUAGGACUGUCAUAAGUCUAUGUUAAGGUGUGGGAGUUACGAUCACCUUAGCGCUAAGAUUGCUUUGUACAACAGCACCCUGGACUAGGUUGAAACUGGACAAGUCACAGUAAUGUCGGCAACAAGCUCCUGUAUGCUGUAACAAAUCUCCAUGCAUUGGACACUUUUACUAUUUUACUUAUGUUCAUCAGUUAGAUUCCGACUUUAGACUGUCAUUGUCACACCUGAAUAAAAGGGGUUAGUUUUGUAUGUGCCUGUGACUGUCAGGUGAAUCAGUGGGGAUAGUUUUGUAUGUACCUGUGACUGUCGGGUCUGGUGUGACAGGUGAAUCAGUGGGGGUAGUUUUGUAUGUACCUGUGACUGUCAGACCUCGUGUGACAGGUGAAUCAGUGGGGGUAGUUUUGUAUGUACCUGUGACUGUCAGACCUGGUGUGACAGGUGAAUCAGUGGGGAUAGUUUUGUAUGUACCUGUGACUGUCAGACCUGGUGUGACAGGUGAAUCAGUGGGGGUAGUUUUGUAUGUACCUGUGACUGUCAGACCUGGUGUGACAGGUGAAUCAGUGGGGAUAGUUUUGUAUGUACCUGUGACUGUCAGACCUCUUGUGACAGGUGAAUCAGUGGGGAUAGUUUUGUAUGUACCUGUGACUGUCAGGCCAGGUGUGACAGAUGAAUCAGUGGGGGUAGUUUUGUAUGUACCUGUGACUGUCAGACCUGGCGUGACAGGUGAAUCAGUGGGGAUAGUUUUGUAUGUACCUGUGACUGUCAGACCUCGUGUGACAGGUGAAUCAGUGGGGGUAGUUUUGUAUGUACCUGUGACUGUCAGACCUGGUGUGACAGGUGAAUCAGUGGGGAUAGUUUUGUAUGUACCUGUGACUGUCAGGCCAGGUGUGUCAUCUGGAUCAAGGGGGGUAGUUUUGUAUGUGCCUGUGACUGUCAGGCCAGGUGUGGAUCUGGAUCAAUGGGGGCAGUUUUGUAUCAGAAUAAGCUGGAAUCCAAACUUCUAUAAUUUGAUAUUGGUUUGAUUGGAGCUAAUAAUAUUCAAUGGCUGGCCUUAAAAGCUUGUAAAUCAAUUUCUAGAUCAUGGACAGAAUAUGUCUAGUCAACAGUGACAUGCACACCCAUGUAUGAAAAAUGAAAUGUCUGGUUUGAGAGAAAAUUUUCAGCAAGGGAAUUUAUUCAAUAUAGAUUAAAGGAGGACUACAUCUGAAGGUGAACCAGUAUCUGUUUGUAAAGAAUCUGAUCUUUUACACGUAUUUCCUUCAGACUUCUGUGUUUGUGACAGCUCUACACAUUGUUAGGUACACUGGCCAAUGACUUGUUAGUUAUGGCCGAUACUGCUGAUGUUUGUAUGAAGUUUUGCCAUAAUGCUCGUCAUCAACCAUGGGCAUUAGCCUUGCAACAUUUAUAUCAACAUGAAUGAUAGAGUGGAAGAACAUGAGAAAAUAAAGUUGAAAUUAUAAA